AUGAAGACUGGCAGAGAUACUGAAUACCUCACUCGAACUGUGUCUUCUUUGGCCGCGGAGGUAGCGCUUCCGAGAACGUCCCGCGCAGCUACAUCGCAACAUGAAGACAGAGUAAUGGGUGCAGAUCCAGAGCAUCUCUAUGAUAACGAAAAUUCCUCCAAGCUUAGUUGGAAAAGGAGGAUUCGUCAUGUUACCUGGGCUUACUUUACAUUGACAAUGGCUACUGGAGGCUUGGCGAAUCUUUCUAAUGACCUCUCAGUUCCAUAUCGAUUUUAUGGUCUAGAAACGAUAGGGGUAGUGAACUUCCUCCUUGAUCUAGCUCUAUAUCUCUUUGUUUGGGGAUUGCUUUUAACCCGAUUCUAUUACUAUCCUUACACAUUCAAGGCCUCUUUUCUGCACCCUACAGAGUCUCUCUUUAUCCCAGCAUCUAUCGUCUCACUAGAGACGAUCGUGAUUAACAUUUCUCAGUAUGGUAUCGACCAUACUGGUCCAUGGCUUGCUGAGACAAUCAGCAUAGCACUUACGAUCGCCGAAAUGACGCCGAUAUGGAUCUUCCCUGCAUACCCUAUGCUAAUAAUAGGGCCUUUGGCCGGUGUCCUCUGUGGCAAGAUAGAACCCUCAAAGUCCUUGCCCACAAUUUUAGUUGGGUUGACCAUUCAGGGGGUUGGAUUUCUUGUCUCGUUGAUGGUAUAUUCUGCAUUUAUUUACCGGCUCAUGUCGCACAAAUUACCCAAAGAGAAUGUUCGUCCUGGGAUGUUUGUCUCAGUAGGGCCUAGCGGAUUUACGGUCGCAGGUAUGAUCAAUUUGGCCUUUGGGGCCCGAAGGUCUUUUCCAAAAGACUUUUUGGAUAAUGGGCCAGUGACCGCCGCAAUUUUUACCGUUAUAGUCUAUUUUUCUGCAUUGUGGCUAUGGGGGUUAUCGAUAUUCUUCUUCCUGGCUGCAAGCUUUUCCCACUGGUCCGUUAUCGGCCCCAGGCGAUUGCACUUUUCCAUGAAUUGGUUUUCCUUCGUUUUUCCUAACACUGCUUUGAUCACUGCAACAUUUGCUAUUGGGAGAGCAUUUUCUUGCAAAGCUAUCAACAUUGUGGGAUGUGUGAUGAUUUUUCCAUUAGUUCUGAUGUAUUUCUUUGUUUCUGGAAUGAUGAUCCGAGCUAUCGCCUUGCACCACAUAUUGUGGCCCCAGAAAGGCGAAGACAGAGACAAAGGUGGAUUUACCAUAAGCGAGCAUGAGAUCUUGACCCGGGAGGGAGGAAUUACCUCCGUGCAUUAG